AUUGAAUUCAGCCAGAAACCACCACGAUCAGUAAGCAGCACGACGCCCACACACCGAGUCAUGUCGACUAGAGAACCUUUGUGGUAUUGUCAUGAGUGCCAUGCAGAGAUGCGGCCAUUGAUGGUCCCCGAUCCACAUUGCGCCUCAUGUAACGGAACUUUCGUAGAGAAGCUGGAGAACCCAGCAGAUGAUCCGCGAGCGUAUCGCGGCGGUGGCAUGGGAGAUGAGGAUAUGUUUGGCCCCGCGGACUUUAUAUUUGGACUCUCAAGUCUCCUAAAUGCCGGUGGCGUCCCCCCAUCGCAGAAUCGAUCAGGUCCAUCUGCUGGUGCAGGUCAGGGACAGACGUUAGGAGGCAGUGGAGGGAACGCUACGCGAAGUUCAGGCGGAAAUGGCGGAGGCUUCACAAUACGUAUAGACAGGACAGGCAAUGGUCCAGCACGCACCGUUAUUACCGGUGGUGCUCCAAGAAGUGAUAACAACGGUGGUAACGGCGCAGCUCGAAUACCUCUACUUUCAGAGUUCAUUCAGAGAGCCCCUCAAGGGGGUCAAGGGGGACCCGAUCAUGAGACCAUCAACGGUCCUCUGAUGUUUCAAUAUCUCCUAGCGAUGCUCUCGCAAGGUCGGAAUGGUGGGACGCCCGGCGUUCUGCCUGGGAUGUUCCCUCCUGGUGCGGAAGGUGGGAGAUGGGGCGAUUAUGUCUUCAACCAAGAAGGUAUUGUUUCUGUUUCCCCGGUGGCGCAUGAACCGAACAUUGACACGAACAUAUUGCUCCCAGCAUUGGAUCAAAUCAUCACUCAGCUCAUGGAAAAUUCCCAGAGUCAUCCUGUUCCCGCAACUGAGGAAAUCAUGCAGAAGCUGCCAAGGGAGGUAUUGACGGAAGAAUCACCACUACUAGAGAGGGAUUGUGCAGUCUGUAAGGACCAGUUCCAACUGAACACAGAUGAUCCUGCCGAACAGGUUGUCGUAACCCUCCCCUGCUCACAUCCAUUCCACGAACCAUGCAUCAUACCAUGGUUGAAAUCCAGCGGUACAUGUCCUGUCUGCAGAUACGAGCUUGUGCCGCAGCCUCAACAUGGUUCUAACAAUAACCCGGGUGGAUCGAACGUCAAUGACUCUCAGGGUCCUGAUAAUCCAUCCGGGGGCAGCAACAACAGUCAGAACCAAAACCAAAACAACAAUCCGGGUGUAUUCGCCAACUUGUUCAACCUCGUGAGUGGUUACAGCAAUAACAACGGCCACAGCAGCAACACCGGUCAGAAUAACAACGCACAACAUUCAAGUUCUGGCAGUUCGCAAUCAAGGCGUGGUAUCCCCGGAAGUUGGGAAGAGGAUGUGGACUAGUCUUGGGCGGUGCAUUGAUCUUGGCAUUGUUGUAUUCUGAUGUAUUUUAUAUCAUCUGUAUCUCUUUAGGACUCCCGCUCUCGCUACUAUAGACUCUUUUUAUUCGCGCGUUUCUUCAUACCCUCAUCGAA